AAUGUUUGUCGCGCAUUUGGAAACCACACGAUGGAUCUGACAAAAACCUAAACAGGCCUUUAAAAUGCUUAUCCACAUCAAAGGAUGAGACGUGGGUCCCGUAAAGCUUGUUCCUUCUCGCAUUCGCUCCAUAAUAGGGAUACAUGUCGCUGCACUGCCUAACACCGUCCCAAUUGAACUCGACGUUAUAUUGAAGGCUGACGCGUAAGUAUGAUCUCUUUAUGUUUUUUUAAGUGUAUAUAACUCGAAAGGCCAGCUCAUCAUGGCCUGCAUUCUUCUCCCCAUCUCGCGCGCCCUUUCUCAAAUUUCACUACAAUGUAUCCACCAAGAGUUGCCGACCCGAAGUCUCUCGUCAUAGCUUCUCUUGCGAUAUAUCUCCUUCUUCUCCAACCCGUCACAUACUGCCUCUGGAAGCAUGGGAAACGAGGCCUUCUCGGAUGGAUGGCCCUUCACAGUCUCUGUGUUAUUCGCAUAGUCGGAAACGCCGUGCAACUUAACGCCUACAACAAUCAUUCCACCGGGGGGGUUGCUACUCUAAUUCUCCAGAGCGUUGGACUUUCACCUCUGAUUCUUGGUGCGGUUGGGAUUCUCCAUGAAGCGAGACGUUCUCGCGAUCCCACCCUCAACCGGAAAUUCGAAUGGAUUCUUGUCAUCCAGUACCACCUCACCGUCAUCGCAGCGAUGGUCCUGGUCAUUAUUGGCAUUGUGAAGUUGCAGGAUGGGGCUUCCGUCGGGAAUGUGCUGAUGAAAGUUGGCAUGGGAGUGGUUCUAGCCUGUUGGGCCAUCCUUGCAGUUUGGACGCUGCUAUCAUUCCGAUCAUCCCAGGAAUACGCUGCUGGCGGGCCACCCGCUGAUGGCACAAAGUUGCUCCACGGGGUUGCGGCGGCCCUUCCACUUAUCGCACUACGAGAAAUAUUUGCUGCAGGCUCAUCCUACGGACCGUCGUCUAGCUUCACUUCGUCUCUUGCGGUCAAGAUUUGCCUCAGUGUCGUUCCGGAGAUGCUCUCGAUCAUCGUACUCUCGGUUGCUGGCAUACGCACACGUGGCAUCGCAAAUAAGUUUCAGAGAACUACGAAAUGAGUGUUGUAUAUUGAGUGGAG